CCAUAUCCCUGCGUAAUUUGUGCCUAAGAAGAAAAGAUUGAGGAAAUCCCCCGUCCGCUCGCCGUGGACUCCGACUCCUCGCGAGUUCGCCGCCAUCGCCGAUCCCCAUCCAUCCCGCGAGUAGAGCAGAGCAGCGCCGCAGUCGUUCGUCGCCCUGCUGCUGCUCCCCGCCGCUGGGCUUGAGGAAAUCCCAGGAUUGCGCUCGCUGGCGUCGCGUGGCAGCUCCAACAAGUUGAACUGUAUUGCAGGUUUCAGUGAUCCUUGAACAAGCUUAUUGAAGAUGCCAAAUGCAGAGAGCAGUUUGUUCAAGAUGCCAACUGCAGAUGCAAAUAUUGCUGCCCUGCACAAGGAAUGGGACGAUGCAUUGUGCCCAAUUUGCAUGGAUCAUCCCCACAAUGCUGUUCUUCUGCUGUGCAGUUCCCAUGACAAAGGAUGCAGAUCCUAUAUAUGCGAUACAAGCUAUAGACAUUCGAAUUGCCUAGACAGGUUCAAGAAAAUGAAAGUAGACCACAAUGACGGUUCGUCACAGCAAAGUUCAUCGUUGCCUAGGGACAUAAGUAGCCAAAAUGUACCCCAGAGAUCUCAUUUUGAUCCCACUGGAGAAAUCCAAACAGGCAUAUCUGAAUCCCAUGAAAUUUUCAAUCAUCGAGAUGCUAUCCAAAGCUCUGCUGGCCUAUCUGGACAGCAGGGAGAAAAUAGCUAUAAUCAAGAUCUAGAUUUGACUUUGGAAGCUCAGCAAAGAGAGAGCAGUAGCACUGUGGAGUCAAGUGAACUGACACGCUUGAACCAAUUGGCAUGCCCAUUAUGUAGGGGCACUGUCAAAGGCUGGAAGAUCAUCAAAGAGGCCAGAGAAUAUUUGGAUGAGAAGUCGAGAUCUUGCUCGCGGGAAACAUGUGCAUUUUCUGGCAACUACAGGGAGCUCCGUAGACAUGCCCGGAGAGUCCAUCCCACAACAAGGCCUGCUGAUGUGGAUCCAUCAAGACGCCGUGCAUGGCACCGCCUGGAGCACCAGCGUGAAUAUGGUGACAUACUAAGUGCAAUCAGGUCGGCUAUGCCCGGAGCAGUUGUGUUUGGUGAUUAUGUUGUUGAAGGGGGUGACAUGUUUUCACCUGACCAGGAAGGAGGCAUGCCAAAUGAACCAAGUGGAUCUUUGUUGACAACAUUCUUUCUGUUCCAUAUGAUCAGUAGUAGUCCGAUGAGAUCAGGAGAUGAGAUAAGAGGCUCAUCGAGGGGCCUGAGAAGGCAGAGGCGCCGUUAUUUAUGGGGAGAGAACUUACUAGGUCUCCAAUAUGAAGACGAGGACGAGGACGAUGAGGAGGAAAACCUAGAUGAAGAUGUUCAAAGACCAAGGAGUCGCCGGAGAUUUGUAAGAUCAAGGUCGGAGGAGCGAUCCUAAUGCACCACCUGGGUAAUAAACCUUCGUUGCUCGUUGUGAAAUUCGAUCACCAUGAAUCGUUGAUGAUUCCUUGCAUGAUCCUAAAAAAAUGUCAGUGGACUAGUGGAGUUGCAGGUGGUCUGCUGCUUUGAAUGGCAACAUAUUGUGUUCAUCCCUGCAGUAGAAGACCCGAGGCAAAUGGGUUAAUUGGAUUAUCUAGGUGCAUUCCAUCCGUGUUGUGUUCACAAAGCCUUCUGUAAUAUGAUGUAGAGAAUAGCUGAAAUUGGCAUGCUUAGGGCUUGACACUUGCUCAACCAAAAAUGCUCUUAAGCUCUGUUGGUGUUGUGGAGAUGCAUCAUAAGCAGGGCUGCCUCGUGAGCAGUUUGGCCAUUUGUUGUAUAGAGUAUCUGCAAAUACAUUGUACCGAAUUUGUUCGUGUUGCUGCUGUUCUACUUUGAUAUCUUUGUUCAAUGGGAAUUUUAGAAUCAAAUUUCGUCCAAA